UUAAGGGCGGAUUAGAGGCGGCGGCCGCGGAUUCCCCAGCUCAGCAGCUAGCUCGGCGUGCACCGCCCGGGCAUAGCAGGCAGCAGCGCGGGAGCGUCAGGUGCCCGCUGAAGUGGCAGGCGCUGGGGCUAGUGCCGGGACCCUUCCCCAACCCCCACCUUCCGGCGGAGAGCGGCGCCGGGAGACCCCAGCCUGGCUGGCGGGAGCUCUGGGACCUUCACGCAAUCAACACCGCCCCGCCCCUCUCCCCGGCAACUGCGGAAUCCGAACGCGAUCCCCGGACGGCGCCGGUUCGUGCCAGCUCUCUGGACCGCGCUAGCUGCCCCCACCGGUCCGGACGCGCGUGGAUUUCUUUCCCCGUUUCCCUCUUUUAAGUAUAAUAAAAGGGAGGGGAAAUUCGUGGAUUUUUAAAAAAUUUGUUUGCUUCUUUAAUCGGGGGGCAAUUCGCUCCCAGUUGGGAGGUGCGGCCCGGGGAGGGGCCAGGAGCGGGAACGUGCCCGGUGCUGCCCAGUCUUUGUCUGCUGCCCCCGGAUGCACAGCGAUGGGGGAAUGGACCAUCUUGGAGAGGCUGCUGGAAGCCGCGGUGCAGCAGCACUCCACUAUGAUCGGGAGGAUCCUGUUGACUGUGGUGGUGAUCUUCCGGAUCCUCAUUGUGGCCAUUGUAGGGGAGACGGUGUACGAUGAUGAGCAGACCAUGUUUGUGUGCAACACCCUGCAGCCCGGCUGUAACCAGGCCUGCUAUGACCGCGCCUUCCCCAUCUCCCACAUACGUUACUGGGUCUUCCAGAUCAUAAUGGUGUGCACCCCCAGUCUCUGCUUCAUCACAUAUUCUGUGCACCAGUCUGCCAAGCAGCGAGAACGUCGGUACUCUACUGUCUUCCUAGCCCUGGACAGAGAUCCUCCUGAGUCCAUGGGGGGUCCUGGAGGAACUGGGGGUGGGGUCAGUGGUGGGGGAAAGAGAGAAGAUAAGAAGUUGCAAAAUGCCAUUGUCAAUGGGGUGCUGCAGAACACAGAGAACACCAGCAAGGAGACGGAGCCAGAUUGUUUAGAGGUUAAGGAGUUGACUCCACAUCCAUCAGGGCUGCGCACUGCAGCAAGAUCCAAGCUUCGAAGACAGGAAGGCAUCUCCCGCUUCUACAUUAUCCAAGUGGUGUUCCGAAAUGCCCUGGAGAUUGGGUUCCUGGUGGGCCAAUACUUUCUCUAUGGCUUUAGUGUCCCAGGGUUGUAUGAGUGUAACCGCUACCCCUGCAUCAAGGAAGUGGAAUGCUAUGUGUCUCGGCCCACUGAGAAGACAGUCUUUCUAGUGUUCAUGUUUGCUGUGAGUGGCAUCUGUGUUGUGCUCAACCUGGCUGAACUCAACCACCUGGGAUGGCGCAAGAUCAAGCUGGCUGUUCGAGGGGCUCAGGCCAAGAGGAAGUCAGUCUAUGAGAUCCGUAACAAGGACCUGCCCAGGGUCAGUGUUCCCAAUUUUGGCAGGACUCAAUCCAGUGACUCUGCCUAUGUGUGAAAGGGCAGGUAUUAGGAAGGCUAAAGGGUUACAAGUUGCCACAAGACAGAUAACUGCUCAAGGUUGGAUAUAUCUGCCCUCAUAUGUAAGAUGUAGGAUAAAGCUGGUUAACAGAAGAUCUUGCAUCAAAAGGAGAGGAGAAAAAGCAGAAGCGUUAUCACAUCAUCAUUAGCACUGGUUCCACAUAGGCACUUGGGUAGGGUGAUGAAUGGAUGAGUUGGGUUUCUUUGGGACCUUUCAUUCUAUGGCCCUUCAUGAUCCCGAUAACGGUGGACUUGCACAGCUACUGAAUAGGACUUAGCUCUGCUGAGCUCCAUUCUGGUGAAUGGCAUGAGUUAAACUUUGUGACCUAUCUCAACAUAUCCCUUUAUCCUGGGCUGCAGGACAAAUAUCCUGGAAGAUCCUUCAUGUAUCUCCCCUAUCCAUCAGCAUGCCCCUUUUCCUCAACCCAGGAUAGCAUGCCAGCUUUUUUUCUGAACCUGGCCUUACAUUAGACCUAAUAUGGUUUAUCUGCAAGCUAGAGGGAAUUACAUGGGGUGCUUUUUUGGAAACUGGCCAUGGCAGAGGUUUUCACUAGAGCCCAACUGAUUGGCUCUUAGUCAUUAUGAAAACCUUAGGAAUGUCUCAAUAUUUCCAAUUUUCUAACUCAAAUUGCACUGGUGCUGUUUA